GUCCAGUUACUCCAACACAAGUGUAGCAGUGGUUAGGUGAACCGAAAUUCCCUGUUGUAAUAUUUAUUAGAACUAUUUAAUUAUUUAUCUUAUCAGACUAUAAGCAAUAGAAACGGCUGGAAUGUAAAGAGAAUUGGUCAUUUAUUGUAGUUGUGUUUAAAAUGGUGGAUGAUAAAGUUGUAAUAUAAAAGUUUAUUACCUAAGUGGCGUAUUUUGAGAUUAUUAAUAUCUAGCAGAUUUCCAGCACGAUGUUGGUAACAUUACUGGUGGUUGUGUUUGCCAGUCUGCUGGCUACGCUGUACAUUCAGCACCGCAAGAACAGUCGCUUCUGGGCUGAUCGCGGUGUGCCGCACUCCCCCCCACACCCCCUGCUGGGUAACUUCGACUGCUUCUUCAAACAGAAUGUGGGUAUAUGGAUGCGUGAUCUGCACGAAAAGUUCCAAGCUCCAUUAAUUGGAAUCUGGGUAUUCCGGCAGCCAGUCCUGGUGGUUGCUGAUCCUGAGGUUGCGAAGCGUAUCCUGGUCUCAGACAGCGAACUCUUCCGGAACAGAUAUUUGGCGUCCGGAAAGUCGGAUCCUGUUGGGGGGCUUAAUAUUUUCACCAUUAAAGACCCAACAUGGAGUAACAUUAGGCGGCGUAUAACAUACAUCUUCACAGGAGCCAAGCUGAAGGCGAUGCAUGGUCUCCUGUCAUCUAAAUCUAAGGCGACCGUGGACCGAAUACUGCAAGAUAAGGCCAAUAACAAGACGACAGAGAUUAGAACUCUUUUCGCUGACUACACCACCGACAUCAUCGGAACAUCCCUCUUCGGCAUGCAGAACGAUGCCGUCGGUACUGGUGACAGUCCUCUCCGUGCUGUUACUCGGGAUUUCAUGAAAUUCGACUGGUUCCGUGGGCUGUCCUUUUACAGCAUCUUCUUCUGGCCUGCUCUUGUUGAUAUUUUUAGGUUCUCGUUUUUCCCAAGAAAAAGUGUGGAUUUCUUUAGAAAGAGUGUAAAUACGAUAAUUGAACACAGAACAACCAACAAUCUUGAAAACAAUGAUCUUCUUGACGCUCUAGUUAAGAUGAAGAAAGACAAACUUGACGAUGGGCAAGAGUUUAGCGAUGACCUGCUAGCCGCCCAAGCUACUGUCAUGCUGCAAGGGGGAUUUGACACUACUGCAGUGGGCCUCACAUUUGUGGUGUAUGAGCUGGCACAUAAUCCCAAGAUACAGGAAAAGCUUUACAAGGAAUUAAUUGAGGCAAAAAAGAGUAAAGGUGGCGCUGACCUUAAUUUUAGUGAUUUGGAGAAACUGACCUACCUGAACUCUGUUAGUAAAGAGGGCUUAAGAAAAUACCCUCCAAUGGGCUGGCUGGACCGCAUCUCUUCAGUCGACUACAAGAUCAACGACACCCUCACCCUCCCUGCGAACACCCCAGUUUACAUCAACGCUAUGGGCAUGCAUCACGACCCUCAGUUCUUCCCUGAACCUCACAAGUUCGACCCUGAUAGAUUCUUGCCCGAGAAUCAGCAGAAUUUCGUCCCUUUUUCAUUUGUGCCUUUUGGAGAAGGACCUAGAAUGUGUAUAGGUAAACGUUUCGCGCAGAUGACAAUGCGCUACCUGCUAUCAGAACUGGUCCUGAGCGUGCAGUUCAGACCUCUACCCGGCUCGCCGAAGCCAAGCGAAGUGAACUACGAGACCAAAUUCGCCUUCCUCAUGCCGGAGCAUCCUCUUUCUGUCGAGUUUAUACCGAGGAACUAAGAAACCGGCCUGACUUGCAAGAAUAUUAAAUAUCAUUUUCAAGCAUGGACUCGACUUUUAAAACUUCCACGAACGCUUUAACUGAUAAAAUCUACCAGACUUGCUUAUAAAAUGUUUUCAUGAAAAUAUUAGCCAAAAAUCUGACAUUGUAAAAUUAUCUGGGUGUUACAAAUGAGUCCAAUAUGUCAUA